UUUUAUUCAUAUAGCAACAUAUAAAAGUCUUUCAUCAAUGCUGUGACUAUAUAUACUUGUUCUUCAUCAAAUAUGACUCUAAGAGUCGUUGUUUUGGUCAAAUUUUUUCUUUUCAGCGUUUUAUCAGCGGUGAGUUUGUCCAAUGAUCAAGUGUAUUUGGUCAGUAGAAAUGCUACUGACUACUUCCGUGUUGGAAAGAGUGGCUGCAGAAAUAAUGAAAGUGUUUGUACCAGUUCGGCAACAUGUAACAGAGAGAAUGGCUUGUGUCGGUGUGAUGGUGAUAAACCAACCUUCCGAAAUCCUGUGAUCAAAUUCAGUAACAGUAGAACAGUAUAUGGCGACGGGUAUGGCUGUGUCGAUAAUGAAAUUGUCCGUCGAGGUGUCACUCAUUGUCCAUUUGGUCCGUUCCAAGUUAUUCCACAUGGCCCAACCAAUUCAGCCACGCAAUUUACUCACGACACCCGAGUAACAUUAAAGAGUUGUACGUUGACGAAAGCCCUGGCAAAAUCUCCAGACAACUCUAAAGAAAUGAGUCUGCAAUGGUUGAAUGAAUCUUUCGUCGACUUGACUGUCGUGAGCAAUAUAUUGCAUUUUAAGUGGAAGAGAUCAGUUUUUGGUUUGAAGGGUACAAUAAUAACGCUGAAGUUCUUGUGCCUCCUGGAUUCCGGAGCUUAUCUAAAGACUUGCCUGCGAGCAAAGAUUCAUGGGAUAUGGCAAAGGGGAGUAACUGACAUCGAUCCGACCGUACCUUCAACAAAACAACAGUCAUCGCAAAUGACAUACACUGUCCUGUCAAACGGAAAAUCCAAAACAACAAAACAACUGUACAUGUCUAAAUCAGCUGAGUCAAACAUAACACUUAUUGCGGUUCUGGCUGCUUCCGUUGCUCUCAAUGUGGUUCUCGGAAUUGUCACAGGAUUCUUAUGCAGGAAAUAUUGUCGGAAUCAAAGAAAGAAAACGAAAGCGGAAGACGAACGUGCUAGCCGUGGCGAAUCAAGCUCAAGAAUUGAAGAAAGGAAUCCAUACGAUCCCGUAAUGAUUGACAAGCCUUUCACGAUAUCAGCCUUAUCAGGACAGCAAAUUAAUGGAAAUUUAUCAGGACAACGAGCUCGAGCUAGCCAAGGAAAUGCACUUUCGCGUGGAACUGAGAGGAAUUUAUACGACCCAGUGAAGAUAUCCAAGUCUUACACGUGGUCAGGACAGCAAAACAAUGGGAAUUCUUACGAUGAAACCCACCGAGAGUCAUAUUAUCAGCCUCUUCAGAGAAAUCAUUUAGAUCAGAUCGAAGAAAACACGUAUCAAGGACUUACAACUCUCCACAACGGAAAUCAACCACAUCAGCUACCAUCUGCACUGCAGUGAAGCAGCUAUAAACAAGGACCAAAUGAGAUUUUUUUUAGGGAGUUCGUUUUUGAUGGCCCAUCAUUGAACAUCGAGACAGCCAACCCUACUAUCUUGGUCGGUAAAAAACACGAGCAUAUGAAUAACUCAGCACCCCGUCUCUGCAAAUCGUGGAGCAGGCUACGCCACUGGCGUACGUUAUUACUCAUAUAUGAGUAUAAUACGAUUGAGCGCGCAAUUUUUUAUUUAACUGGAUAGUAUCCAUGCAUAUAUUUAUGUGAUAACUCUAAUUGGACCGGUUUUAACAAUUCAACACCCGAGUUGACACUUCCUCCCCCUGCAUCCCGCCAUCAUUUGCAUCCUCGAAAAAAGCCAUAUCAACUGUAUGAUUAUUGAUAUACACUGAAUUGUUCACAAAAUCCGGCUUUAAUUGCAUGUUUAUCGUCUAAAGGCAAAAAGAGUGGCGUACUGUAUAUAUAGCAGGCAACAUCGAUAAUUGAGGCACGAUAUAUUCGCCACUGGGCAGAAGUUUAAUUAUACCCAUAUUUAUGCCAUUCAGUUUGUAACAUAGUAUAACAAAGCUACAUAUCAUAACAAGUGAGUUGUAGUAGCUCCUGUUUGGUUAUUUGUACUGUAUGCAUGCUAUGAUCCAUGUUUUAAUCCGAAUUAUUUGACACGGAAAAAUCUCAAAUUUGUUCUUCAGUAACAGUAAGUUCAUGCGUAAACUCCUUAAAGAGUCUUGCCCACGUACAAUCACCGACACUGUAAAUAACACAUCAUGGAAACAUAUAUAGACAAUUGUACGUAGUAAGAACCAUUAUUUUUCCUAACUAAUUAUUUUCAGACUUCAUUGCUAUGAAUCAGAAUUAAUUUAUAUAAUAUUGUCAGGUG